UUUUUUUUUAAAAAAAAAAAGAAACAUUUGUAAAUAAAUCACAUGGAAAAUCAAACAAGUUCAAGAUCCCCAACUGAUUUUUUAAGUACUGUUUUGGGAAAGACAGUUAUUGUUAAAUUAAAUUCUGGAAUCGAUUAUAAAGGUACUCUGGCAUGUUUGGAUGGUUAUAUGAACAUUGCUUUAGAAAACACGGAAGAAUAUGUUGAUGGUCGAUUGAAGAACACAUAUGGUGAUACUUUUAUUAGAGGAAAUAAUGUUUUAUAUAUUAGUGCAGACAAGUCAUAAGUUAAUAAUAUUAUUUUAAUUAAGAAUAUCCCAUUUAUUGUAAUAUUACUUUGAUUUUUUUUUUUUUCAAUGUGAAAUUUGGCUUCAUGUGGGUAAAACUAUUUAUAAUUGAGGGAAAGAAGAAUAACGCUUUAAUCAGGUGUGGGCAGUUCAUUUUUUUUUG